UGUAAACAGCGCGCAAGCUGCAAGAAUUCCGUCAGCCACGAUAUUUUACACUGCCAGACACUGCCAGGGCUAAAUAGCAAUCCAGUGUGUGCAACAAAGUAAUUAAAUAUACGCGAUAUAGUAUGCACAAACAUGUAGCGAAAUGCAGCAUUGCUUUGGGGGCCGCCUUGCUGAAUUGAGGUCGCGGGGCUCCGAAUUGCAAGGGCUUCGUCGGGCCUCAGAGUAACCCAACUAAGCAUGAGUAUCACAAUGCUCAUGCAAACUCGGCGAAGCGGCGUUAUCACUGCGGCUGCGCCGCGCGACCGGCCGGCUCGUGCAGGGCCCCACGCUCACCGCCGUCGCCCGCCGGCCCCGGGCGUAGCUCCCCGCUCCCAUGGUUCCGACGACCGGCCCACGACGUCCGACAUCAUGGAGGACUCUGACACGCCCUCCACCAGCGCACCCGCGGCACCGCAGCGGCUGGCUGUGGGCCGGCCCCAGGCUGUCAAGGAUAGCAACAGCCCUGAUAGCAACAGGCGUGAUAGCAGCAGCCGAAGUAACAGCAGCCGAAGUAACAGCAGCAGCAGCAGCAGCAGCAGCAGCAGCAGUAGCCCCAGCAGCAGUGGUGAGGCUAGUGGGCAGAGGAGGCCGGGGCGAUGGCAAGGCGAGGAGCGCAGCGGUAGAGCAGGCGGCACGGCGGCUGCUGGCAACGGGCCGACAGACAGCAACUCGACGGGUGCUGGGCUGCGGCAGGGCGGGCGCGGGCGCGGGGCGCCCCACCUCCCCCUGCGCAGCCGUGCCUCUGCCUCUUCUUCAACCGCGGUGACAUCAGCCGCCGCCACCACCGCCACCGCCGCCGCAGCAGCUGCUGCAGCCACAUCGGCAGUAGCAGCAGCGCGGCCUGUGGCAGUGGCUGACCUGGGCUCCGAGCUGGGCUGUGCCCAUUUCGGCGCCUGCUCCGGCUGUAGCCUGCAGGAGGGCCUGGCGGCGCCGCCGCUGUACGGCGAGGCGGCGGCGUUCUUUCGGGGACUGGGGCUGGAGCACCUGCCGGCAGUCAUGAAGACGGCGCACGGCUGGCGGUGUCGUGCCAAACUGGCGGUGCGCGGCGCCCCCGGCCGCCCCCUGGUGGGGCUGUUCCGCGAAGGCAGCCACGAGGUGGUAGACAUCGUGGGUGGAGGCAGUAGCAGUAGCAGUAGCAGUAACAGCAGCAGCGGCAGCAGUAGCAGUGGCAGCAGCAGCGGCAGUAGCAGCCGGGGCAGAGGCGCUGGCGCUGGCGCCGGCAUUGCGGUUGGGGCCCGCGGGGCUGUGCCUGUGGGUGCGGGCACGACGGCGGGGGGCAGUGGGUACGGCGGUGACUGCCGAGCGCACCACCCGCGCAUCAACGCGGCAGCGGCGCUGAUAAAGGAGUUGGUGGCGCAGCUGCGCAUUCCCCCCUACAACGAGCCCACCGCCCCGGCCUCCGGCUCGGUGCCGUCAUCGCCGCAGCCGCCGCCGCGACCGGACGGCGGCGCCGCCGCCGCUGCCGCCGGCACCCGGGCAGCUGGUGGUGGCGGCGGCGGCGCCACUCGCUUGAAGUGGCGUGCCGCGCGCCGCGCGGCCCUGGGCACGUCAGCAGCCCCUGCAGGCCACGCCGGCAACGGUGCCGUUGCACCACCCGUCCCCGUACCCGUCCCCGGCCCCGGCUCCGGCUCCGGCUCCGGCUCCGGCUCGGGCUCCGGCUCCGGCUCUGGGUUGAAGUUGGGGUCAGCUGACGGCGGUGCCCUCGCGCCCGGGCGGCAGGGCGGAGGAGGACGCGGGCGCGGGCGUGCAGUGGAUGUGACACAGACGCAGUCACCGGUGGCGGCAGUGGACCUGGCGGGUGCGGUGCCGGCGGUCAGCGACGCCGAGUUCGCACAGCGGCAGGCGCGACUGCGGCAGGCGCUGGCGGGCCUCAAGGCGGAGAAGCUGGACCUGUGAAGAAGGCUGGGAUGGGGCGUGGGAUGGGGCUUACGAGAGGGGAAGUGAGGGCUGCAUGUAAAUGAGUUGGUGAGUUGGUGACAGGCUGCGCUAGUUGGGACUUGUAGCUGCACCAUUGCGCUGUAAUGGAAGGCUGGGGCGCGCAAGGGCUGUAGCACAGUGCUAUGACGAUGUUGCCCGGGACGACUUCUCAAGGCCAGCUUCAAGCAAGCGUGCGGCCGAAGCUAGAGUGUCCUUCCGUUGCGCAGGUGUACGGUGCGAAGGUUAGCUGGCCAGGUGGAUGUGACCCCUGUGCUGCGGGCCGGUGCGCUGAUGGGAGACCCGUUGAGGAUAAUGCGUGUGCGAUUGGAACGUGGGCGGGGGGACGUGGUGUGGCCGCUCCGUGCUUGUAUCAUAAAAAUCAUAUAAGAGCUAUGAAAUAAUAUACUGUAACAUUCUGGAUUA